UGCUUCUCCAAUAUUUAUCAAUCGAUUAAAAUUAAAAGCCAUGGAGCUUUUCCCCUCGAAAAAAUCCCGCACCAAAAACACGGUCAUACUAUCACUUACAACCGCACUAAUCCUCCUUGCCUUAUCCCGUCUCACCAAUCCCAUCCCACAUAACAUUAACCUUCCUCCAAUAGCACCCCGCAUUAAUCCUCCUCCGCAGGAUAAUCAUAAGAUAAUCCCGUCCAUUAAUCCCCCAGCUGAAGCCAUCAGGAUAACGGACGAGAGGGAAAAAUGUGACAUAUCGACUGGAGAGUGGGUCCCAGAUGAGAACGCCCCUUACUACACAAACACGAGCUGUUGGGCCAUUCACGAGCACCAGAAUUGCAUGAAAUAUGGGCGGCCCGAUUUGGGAUUCAUGAAAUGGAGGUGGAGGCCCAAUGGGUGCGAAUUGCCCAUUUUCAACCCGUUUCAGUUUCUGGACAUUGUGAGGGAUAAGUCGUUGGCAUUCGUGGGAGAUUCUGUGGGAAGGAACCAAAUGCAGUCAAUGAUUUGUCUCUUGUCCAGGGUGGAAUAUCCCAUCGACGUGUCCCCAACCACCGACGAACACUUCAAAAGGUGGCGGUACGACAGCUACAACUUCACAAUGGCCUACUUUUGGUCUCCCUUUCUCGUCCGGUCCGACGAGCGCGACCCGGACGGCCCAACCGGAACCGGUCUUUUCAACCUCUACCUGGACGAACCGGACGAGUCCUGGGCCGCCCAAAUCCACCCCUUCGACUACGUCAUCCUCAACGCCGGCCACUGGAUGGCCCGAACCGCCGUCUACCACGAGCGUCGCCGCGUCGUCGGCUGCCGCUACUGCCAAAUCCCCGGAUUCACCGACCUCCCCGUCACCUACGGCUACCGCCGGGUUCUCCGGACGGCGUUCAGAUCCCUAAUCGAGCGGGAGAGCUACAGGGGGGUCACGUUUUUGCGGACCUAUGCGCCGUCGCACUUCGAGAACGGGCCGUGGAACGCCGGCGGCGAUUGCGUGCGGCGGCGGCCGUGGCGGAGCAGCGAGGCGGCGCUGCAGGGGCUGGAUAUGGAGAUGUACAUGACGCAGGUGGAGGAAUUUAGGGCGGCCCAAAAAUUGGGGAAGGCUAAAAGGUUUAGGUUGUUGGACACGACCCAAGCAAUGCUGCUCAGGCCCGAUGGGCACCCCAGUAGAUAUGGGCACUGGCCCAAUCAAAACGUCACCUUGUAUAAUGACUGUGUCCAUUGGUGCCUACCUGGGGCCAUUGAUUCUUGGGCCGACUUCUUGCUGCACUUCAUCAAGAUGGAGGCGCGGAGGUGGUACACUGAGGUGCUUCAUCAGCGAGACAAGAAGAUGAAAAUGCACUAAAUCAUUUUUUUUUUUUUUUUUUU